AUGGCUCUGUUCAAAGACAAGAAGAGUCGCUUUCUGCGGAGGAUCUUUCUCAUGGUUAGCGACAACAUUGGAGAUAAGACUGGAAACCGCCUUAGGAUGAAAGGAGGAGAUCAUAAAGAGUACCUGGCCAUUAAUACAGCAAAACUACACUGUGAACCAAGGAACAUCGAGUUGGAGUUUGAAGACUUCAGGCAUUCUGCUGCAAUCCCGGUGAAACGUAUCUACGGAAAAAACAAGAUGACGGCAUCUAUAAUAAAGGAUCACAUGAAGACCAGAAGACUCCAGGAGUUCGUGCGGAGUCUCAACGAAAGAAUUAUGCAGAUCCGUCAUGAGCCAGAGUUCAUGGAUGCCUUGCAGAGUCCCCAGGGUCGCAAACUUCAAUCCCUCCAGCCACCUCCUGUGCCCAAGAACUGCUAAGUAGGACAGCCGACACUGGAAAGAGGAGUAUUAGCUCCGAACGGAAGAGGACACACAGAAAAGCUAUGCCUGCAGAACGA